GUUUUGAAUGCGGGAUCGACUUGAAUGUAAAGAGGAAGAACGUAAUCAUCAUUGAACUAAAUGGCCGAAUUGAUGUCCUUGCGAUCUUAACAUAAUGUUGAAAAGCCUGUGCUUAAGAUCAGAUGACUGUGGUGCCAAGGUAACCUGACCAGGAUAUAUCCAGAGUCUGGUGUUUGUCAUGAUGUGUGAAGUACGGACAUCUAUGGAAGUUGAUGAGACAGCUGUGUCCAAGACAUGCAAUAUGGUCAUCAAGACGGAACAGAUCGCUCCUGAUGAGGCCGGGGGAUCACGUACACAUCGUAGUAAUGAGAUGGAUACUGAAGAUGAUGUCACAGGGCCAUAUACUGAUCGAACUGAUCAUGAAGUCGAGGCAGAGUCACAUUGUAGUGAUUACAGAGAAAGUGCACACCCUUCAGAAACACAUGAUAAACAUAUCGUCCUUCCAGUUGAACAGUCGAGAAGAAAACAACCAAUCAGAAAGUCUUCAGUGUGUAUGUAUACGAAUCAAUUAGACAAAAGAGCCAAGGAGCCAAUGAGGGAACAAGACAGUGAGCCUGGGUGUUGGGUGAAGACGAGCACUGGUAUGCCUGUGAUCAAGAAGGAAGAUCGUGAUCCAGAUGAUGCCAACAAACUCGUGUAUGAGGAGCAUUGGGGGACAGAGUGUGAAGAUCAGUUUGCUGUCUACUUGAAUGAAAACGCAGACAUGAAGUUUGACAACCAGACGGAUUCACCUGUGUCUUGGAAUACUGGAGAAUACCAGGUUGAUUCACCAAUGGUGGAUGUUCCUUAUCAGUGUGAAGAGGACCAGAUGGAGGGUGUCACUGAGCAGGUUAAGGUGGAACCAGUGGAUGUACUGUCAGAAGCAGCAGCAGCAGCAGCAGGUGGAGGACACAGGACCCUGACAACACCACCGCUACUUUCUGUGUCCGAUUCUUCACCUGUAUUUCAUGUCAAUAGCUCCAGAAAUGAUCAAUUGAAACCAGGGGUCAUCUUUCAAAAUAUCUCAGAUCAAGUUAAAAGUGGAGAAUUUGAUGUAUCAGGUGAUUUUGAAUCAAAUGUCGAGGAUGGAUCUCGGUGCGGGACGAGGGAGAGUCCUGUGGACCAAGAAAUCCAACUCAACCAAGCAAGUGAUUCUGAUUCAGCUGACAUUGCAAUUCCAUGUAAAGAAUGUGAGAUGGAGUACUCCUCUCGUGCUGAGUUUGAGAAGCAUCAGGAAUUGUACAGUGGGGCCAGUGUCAAGUACUAUUGUCCAACCUGUAAGCAGCAGUUGAUGUCCAAGUGCCAGUUACUCCAGCAUUCACACAGACAUGGAGGCAUCAGCAGGAAGUCAUCGCACAACAGCCACCUCUCAUCAUCCAAACCAGCAUAUGGGGGAAAGCGUAAUGUAAGAACAUGCCGCUACCUUGAAAAACUGAAAACACAAUUGCACUUGAGACAUGGUGAGAUUAUUGUGUGUUUGGUGUGCAAGAAAAGGUUUAAAGGAAAAGCCAUGUUGGUGAAACACUUGGGUGAAGAUGUGGACUGCAAUCCAGACUUUAGUUGCCUGGAGUGCCACGUAGUAUUAGCUUCCGAGUGUGCGCUUGUCACCCAUCUUACGCUCCACAAGCAGCCUGAAAAAAGUGAUGAGUAUUUCAUGUGCCCAGAGUGUGGCAAGUUCUUCUUCACAUCUUGGGAUGCGUAUCUUAGACAUGUGAGAAACGAGUGUCUUCACUUCUGCCGAGUCAGUGUCUUCACGUGUAGGGUGUGUGGAAAUAAGCUGAAGAGCUUUACUCAAUUCUUAGCCCAUUUUGAAUCGCACUUUUUCGACUUUCCGUACUGUAAAGAAUGUUGCUUCAGGAGCAGCUACAAAGGCAAGCAUUACCCUGUGUCAAAACAUUCCACUGUGACAAAUUGUGUUGUCUGUAAUGAAAGACUUGUGACGGAUUGUCAAAGAGGAAAACAUGUGAAGAAGCAUGGGAAUGAAGUGAAGGACUCUGCUGUCUCUGAAUACAAAUGUCCUGACUGUGCAGAGGAGACACUGUUUGAAACCAAGAAUAUCUUGUGGUAUCACAGAGUGGUCAGUCACAAGGUAGUGGAACAGUUCUCUUGUAAUCACUGUGAUUGUGUUCUGUCCUCCCGACACAUGUUACAAGCACAUAUCAGGGCAGUGCACGUCAAACAGGUGUGGCUUGCUGGAGAUAGACCAAAAAUGAGCAAGGGAAAAACCUUAAAGGUUAUCACUUCAACUGUUGGGAAACACGCUGCUGAAUCUGAUGCAAAAGACGUCAAUCCUGAAAGGGAUUCCCAAGGUCACCUUGAACUUGAAGGGCAAGAAAAUGUAAAACUUGGGAACGAAACAAACCAGACAUCAAAAAUGAAAACAAAUACUGUGAAUCCUUCCGCUCCUUCACCGAAAACUCUUCCAGCUAUUUUAGACAGGAAAAGGAAACACAGGCCAACAUUAUUAAGCAGCAAGAACAGGAAAGCAGUCACAACUAAGAUCUGGAAUACAGUUACAACUAAGAUUGGGAAUGCGGUCACAACUAAGAUCGAGAAUGCAAUCAUAACUAAGAUCGGGAAUGCGGUCACAACUAAGCCUCCACUGAAGUCAUAUGGGGAGCCGGCUGUUGAAAUAGAUGUAGCAGAUGAAGCACUGGCUCAAGAAGACAAUACUUCAGCGGGUUAUACACAAAGUCAACCUCAAGGUCCUCUUGAAGGAGAACAGAAGCUUCCAGUUAAGAAGAAAAGAAAACCAAGGAAACAGGUAAUUAAAAUAGCUCCGCUGCUCCCAGAGGAGGAGACAGAAGACCCUCUGAUUUAUCCUCAAGGUCACCUUGGAGAAGACCAGAGUGUAACAAGGGAGAUAACUGGACCUGUGAUUCCAGUCAGCCAUGGGAUAAUCCAAGUGAGACAGAAGAUGGAUUUAGUUAUGAACACUGAUCCAUAUCAACCUGAGCAUAAAAAUAGAAGUAAAGUGUUUGUGGAGAAAGACAUUGGUGAACCUGCUGCUGAAAAGAAUUUGGCCACCCCUGUGACUGUAAAUGAAAUCGAGGGAGAUGUUCACUUAGGAUGUGAAUCAGAAAAUGUCUCAAAGGCUCCACUCUUGAUGAAGCAGAAGAAAGAUUACCAUCAAAAUCGUCAUAAGUGCCUUGGUUGUAUGAUCCGAUUUGAAUCAGCAGAUGAUUUAAAGGCUCACAUAUCUCAACACUCGUAUGAGAAAGUCCCGCUGAUCAGGUGCAGUACUUGCAACAUGGUGCUCCCAACAAGUUGCUCUCUACAAGCUCAUUAUAAAAUACAUUCCGGUAACAGGAGCAUGACACCAUCAGCUUGCCCUGAAUGUGGUCUUGUAUUUACAAAUGACAUGAGCUCAUUUAGAAGGCAUGUUGACAGAGAAUGUCUGCACUUGAGCCGUGAGAGUUACAUUCCGUGUUGUCAUUGUGAUGAGUUGAUCGAGAUUUUUAAGUUUCUGGUUCAUAUCGUUAAUAUACAUGCGCCAAACUGGACUAGAAUUUCUAACAGCUGUCCUAUUUGUGGGCCUGAUGUCCCCAUCACACCACAUCAUCAAUAUACCAAGCAUUUUCUCCGACUGCAGAUGGAAGAUGUGGUGUUUAGAUUCAGCUGUGCAGUCUGCAAACAGUAUAACAAUGAAAGACUCUUUUCAGAGUUUGACAGUCUGUGGGACCACAUGUGUUCAUCACAUAUGAGAAUUAGAACUUUCUCGUGCACUUUCUGCAACCUGAAGUUCCCAGAUGCACUCAGUCGGAAUGCCCAUGUUACCUCCUGCCACUAUGACUCUGUUCCUGCCACUCCAAAACAACUACAAAAACAAGGGAAGGAUGCUCGCCCCAAAGAUGCAGAGACAAGCAAAUCUGAAACUGUGUUGCAACCCAUCAAUGAAGUGUCCACAAGCUUUAAGGAAGGAGCAGACGUCAUGUUGAAAGAGGGAAACACCACGUCUAGCCCUGCACCAUCUGUGUGUGAGGGUGAUGCUGGAGGUACCUCCAUCACCAGCAGACCCAAGAUGUCCCCAUCUGUCAUUGUCCUCAGAAGACAAAACCUUGAUGGUCAUACUGGCAGCAGAUCUGAACAACUGCUAUUGUCUGCAUCAGUUGUUACUUCUUCCAAACUGAUUUCUGCGUCACCUCCCAGCGAGCACAAACAGCUACCAGCGUCAGUCAUUGCCAAGGCAACGGAACAACCUGCUGCACAUCUAAGCUUCUAUCCAAAAUUAGCGUCUGUUCAAAAACCAUCAGCUGCAGCAGGAGAUAAUUCUUGUUCCAUCAUAUAUACCCAUCAGCAACCAGCUGAAUCUGUACCCAUCCCGGAACCCAUUGCAUUUGUCACUCCAGACCUACCUCUUGAAGCAGCUGGUAGUUCUUCCACUAACAAACCCCAGCAACCACAAGUAACUUCAGAAUCUGUCACAAGUCUUAACUCUGAUGGACAUAGUGUUGAAGCUUGUGAAGUCAGCAAGGAGAAUAUGGAGAAACUUUGCAACAAGUUGUCUUCAGAAAAAGCAUCAGUACAUCACUUUUUGGAUUCAAAUCCAUCUGAACCUGUGAGUCCGGAAGAUGGCCCACCAGCAACUUCAGAAUCUGUCACAAGUCUUAACUCUGAUGGACACAGUGUUGAAGCUUGUGAAGUCAGCAAGGAGAAUAUGGAGAAACUUUGCAACAAGUUGUCUUCAGAAAGAGCAUCAGUACAUCACUUUUUGGAUUCAAAUCCAUCUGAACCUGUGAGUCCGGAAGAUGGCCCACCAGCAACUUCAGAAUCUGUCACAAGUCUUAACUCUGAUGGACACAGUGUUGAAGCUUGUGAAGUCAGCAAGGAGAGUGUCCUGUGCAGACACUGUGGAGAAGACUUCCGUGUUGCUGAGCUCAAGGCACACAUAACACACCAGCAUCCAGUGAACAACAAAUUGUGUGAUCAUAUUCAUUUCUCUCAGGAUUUGCUCCAGGUGGAAGUCGUGAAUAUUUAUGAUGGAAAGUAUUUCUUCUGCCCUUACUUAGAAAAGGGGAAAUAUUGCACCAAGUUGUCUUCAGAAAGAGCAUUAAUGAAACACUUACUGGACACACAUCCAUCUGAAUCGGUGAGUCUGGAAGAUGGCCCAUUAUUUGUGAAGAAGUUCCACACAGGCUUCAGAAGGCUGAGGACAAUGAAGGCUAAAGGCAACAUGGUCAAACAGCACCAAGAGUCCACAGUGACUCUUUCUAUGAACAGCGUGGACACUCUUCUUCAACAAGAGAUUGUCUUGGUAAGGGACGAGGAUCAAACUGAUGGCUCCAUGUCUGAAACCACAGCGUGCCCUGGUGAUGCACUACUCACUGCAGGAACAGGAUUUACUGGUUUAUUGGAGGAUCAGCCUGAUCAAAUACUGCAGGAUCAGCCCCAUCAUGCACUGCAGGAUCAGCCCCAUCAAGCACUGCAGCAGAUUACAAAGAUUGGGUCUACAGGGAUGCCAUGUCCUCCUUUGUACAGAGCAGCUCCUGGCCCGAGUGUAUUGUCCUGUCCCUUCUGUGGGCUGACCUGUAAGACAGAGUUCCAUGUACUGAAUCACGUCAGUGAAUGUCACUGUGGGUAUCUUCCAGUCUUGAUCUGUCCUUUCUGUGCAGAGAAAAACUUUGAAACAGAAUUUUCGACUCUGAAGGAACUUCGUCUUCAUCUGUUUGAUCUCUGUGAAGUGCCUCAACACACACAACCCGAGAAGGAUCGCGAUGCGACUCAUCUGGAAGACGGUAAGAAUACUGACCACAGUGAAACAGUAAGAGAGGUAUACACAAAAGGUGGAAAUAAAACACAUGGCAAAAUGAGGUGUGUAAGGGUGUUGAAAAGAAAAUCAAAGGUGAUUUAUUUCCCAUGUGACCGUUGUGAAAGGGUCUUUGCCAGUUGGAAUUUUCUUGAGAAGCACAGGUGGAUGCUGCAUCACUGUGAUAGCCCUGACAUUAUCUGUGUUUCUGAGAACUCUAGCUCUGAUAGUUCUGACAGUCCCUUUAACGUACCAUCGUCCUCCCCACCUGUGAAGCGACUUCGAGUUGAAGGGGACUUGCAUUAUACUUGUGCCAAAUGUCCUGUCAUCACGAAGGAUGCUGUUCACUUUGCUGAACACAUCAAGGAGCACAACUCUGACAAUGCCAACCAGUGUCCUGACUGUGGCCUCUGUUUCGCAAUCCUGGCCACUCUCAAGAAGCACCUGUUCCUGGUCCACAAGAUCCGAGACUCAGACAAGUACUUGCAGGACAGGGGCAUGAAGACGGAAGAGGAGGAAAUAGACUUUGAUUCUGACAAUGACACUUUUAAUCCGAUGCAGUGACUCACCAUGAAAUGUUUUGGACUGUUUUAGUAUGUCUCCCUCGUAUUAAGAAUAAUGACAUCUCAGAAAAAGUAUUUUGACUGCCCUAUCAUCUUGCAAUUACUACCAGUAUGUCUCCAUGGUCACAAGGUAUUUUUGAAUAUUCCAAGUUCAUUUUUUCGGAAAAUGACAUGCAGGGAUUUAAAAAAUAUUGCUCAUAGAUCAGAGAUUCAGAACCUGUGGAAAAUCGAGACUUUAUGAAGGGCUAACACAUCACAGUGAAGGCUGGGCAGAAGGGAAAAUAUGUUUUAGAGAGUGUGAGAUGGACGAGGUGAUGCACAUGCUUUUGUAAUAACAUGAUAUAUUGGUGUCUUGACUUUCAGGUUCUUAGUAAAAAAUAUUGAUUCAUUCCUUAAAUGUUUACUUCAAUGGCUGUUACACUACUAAUUAGUUGUGAAAAUAAAGAAUUGAAAAAGUAAAUAUUUUCAUCCAUUGCGUCAUACUUGACACUGCCAACUGUAAAUCGUCAGUGUGCCAGGUAGUUGACUAUACUGUCUGUGAAAAAGAUGGUUUACACACCACAGAUAAGUGCACAUGCAAGUAUCGUGAUACGUAUCGGAUCGCAUAGUUGUGUAUCUCCCCAACCCUACUACCCAAUUAGAUUGCUGAACCAGGUUAUUAUUGGAAGAACUGGUCAAUCUCUCUAUGAAUUCAUCUCAUUAAUUGGUUCUGUUGUGUGCAAUAGCUAUGAAAUACAUAAACAUCAUUUGGUUAGUCAUCAGGAAAAUGUGAAAUGUCCAGUUUGCUAAAUGUGUGAGACUUGACAUGUACUCCGUUGACCAGUUUGGCCCUUCUGUUGAUCUGAUAAAGACGUGAAGGAUGCAAUUCAUGUCUGUUGAUUCUCACUGAAGGGGUCUGCCAGCUGUUCCUGAAGUCUGUGGGUCUGUGACCAUGUGACCAAAACUCAAUGAUGAUUUUUAUCGCUAAGAGAAUGGAUAUUUCUUGAAAAGCUCACUCUGCAAAUUUUGUCAGUACUGUAGGUAAUAUUCCUUAUCUGCAGAAUCUCUUGUUUUCACCUUAUUAGCACAAGUGCAGCUAUCUUUGUUAAUUCAUCAUUGCGAUGUUUCAUGAUUCUAUUUCAAGUAGCGAGAACUAUAGCUGCCGUCACCAUAUCUCUGUGAGUGACACGAGGACGUAGCUGCCGUCACCAUAUCUCUGUGAGUGACACGAGGACGUAGCUGCCGUCACCAUAUCUCUGUGAGUGACACGAGGACGUAGCUGCCGUCACCAUAUCUCUGUGAGUGACACGAGGACGUAGCUGCCGUCACCAUAUCUCUGUGAGUGACACGAGGACGUAGCUGCCGUCACCAUAUCUCUGUGAGUGACACGAGGACGUAGCUGCCGUCACCAUAUCUCUGUGGGUGACACGAGGACGUAGCUGCCGUCACCAUAUCUCUGUGAGUGACACGAGGACGUAGCUGCCGUCACCAUAUCUCUGUGGGUGACUCGAGGACGUAGCUGCCGUCACCAUAUCUCUGUGGGUGACUCGAGGACGUAGCUGCCGUCACCAUAUCUCUGUGAGUGACACGAGGACGUAGCUGCCGUCACCAUAUCUCUGUGGGUGACUCGAGGACGUAGCUGCCGUCACCAUAUCUCUGUGGGUGACUCGAGGAUGUAGCUGCCGUCACCAUAUCUCUGUGAGUGACACGAGGACGUAGCUGCCGUCACCAUAUCUCUGUGGGUGACACGAGGACGUAGCUGCCGUCACCAUAUCUCUGUGAGUGACACGAGGACGUAGCUGCCGUCACCAUAUCUCUGUGGGUGACUCGAGGACGUAGCUGCCGUCACCAUAUCUCUGUGAGUGACACGAGGACGUAGCUGCCGUCACCAUAUCUCUGUGAGUGACACGAGGACGUAGCUGCCGUCACCAUAUCUCUGUGGGUGACUCGAGGACGUAGCUGCCGUCACCAUAUCUCUGUGGGUGACUCGAGGAUGUAGCUGCCGUCACCAUAUCUCUGUGAGUGACACGAGGACGUAGCUGCCGUCACCAUAUCUCUGUGGGUGACACGAGGACGUAGCUGCCGUCACCAUAUCUCUGUGAGUGACACGAGGAUGUAGCUGCCGUCACCAUAUCUCUGUGAGUGACACGAGGACGUAGCUGCCGUCACCAUAUCUCUGUGGGUGACACGAGGACGUAGCUGCCGUCACCAUAUCUCUGUGGGUGACACGAGGACGGAGCUGCCGUCACCAUAUCUCUGUGGGUGACACAAGGACGGACCUGCCGUCACCAUAUCUCUGUGGGUGACACGAGGACGUAGCUGCCGUCACCAUAUCUCUGUGGGUGACACGAGGACAUAGCUGCAUUAACCGUUGCUAUGUGGUUAACACAAGGACCUUGAUGUGUGUCAUUGUACCUCAGUGAUGUGUGUUAUAACAGAUGGGGAUACUGUCAAGACACUGGUUGUGGUACAAAUCAAGUAUUUGAGCAGCAAUGAAAUAGCUGGAAUAUUGCUCAUUGAGGCGACAAACAAUAUUCACUCACUCAACAUGGGUACUGAAGCUCACCUAUGUCCAUUAAAUGUAAACAGAAGCAGUCAUUUAUGAUUGUUUUAUUUUGUUAUACUUUUAUGGAUGGGUGACACAAAAAUUGUAUUGCAAUAUACAU